CACAUUUCUCGGGAAACAAAACCACAAAAUAAUCACAAAAAUCACCACAAAGUGGGCGCCGAAGACAGCACUUCCAGGCAGUGAUGGCGAUGUCAAAGGGGACCGGGCAUUACAAUCGGCAGGUGUGGGAAGAUGGUCAAUUUCCCAUACUGUGCCAGACAUGUCUCGGCGAUAACCCGUAUAUGCGGAUAAUGACCGAGAAGUUUGGCGCCCAAUGCAAAGUCUGCAACCGUCCGUUCACUACAUUCCGGUGGUGUCCGGGACUUAAGAUGCGGUACAAGAAGACCGAGAUCUGCCAGACCUGCGCGCGCGCGAAGAACAUCUGCCAAACGUGUCUACUCGACCUCCAGUACGGCCUUCCCGUUCAGGUGAGG